AUGGCAGGCAUACCAGAGGACGCCACCAUCAGGCACCAGAUAAUGAAGAACAAAGAUCCCGCUGCCCGAACACGAAACGUCUGCAGCCGUUCUGGUGCAGUUACGGACAAACAAAUUACUUCGAGGAAACUGAUUAAGACACGAAUGGCCGAAAUUCUCGCGCAAAGCGACAAUGGCCUGAAAAGUGAGCUGGUUGAGUCAUCUUUCGCCGGGCUCCCUUCGCGGUGA